AUGGAGUAUGACAUCUACGACAACUACUAGCAUAUAAAGGGAUAAGAUGUGUAUGAGUACAGGAGAAUUCCAUUGAAUAAGAAGUGCAAAAAGCUCUUUCGAUAAGCUGAUUUCUAUGCUAAUCCUAUCACUUUAAGAUACAAAGGAGAAAAAAAAUUCUACACUAACUUUGGAGCCUUGACAUCUUCAUUGAUAAUAGCUGGAAUGCUUGCACUCACAAUAUAUCAAGUUACUCUGAUGCUAUCUCAAAGUUAAAUAACGUUUCAAGAAAGCUCUUCACUUGCUCUUCCUGCUGCCUUUGAGCUAGGAGUAGAUAAUGGCUUUACCUUUGCAUUCAGAUUGUAUAAUAAAGACACAAAAAAGACUUUCGAUUACAACCAAUACUUUAACGUUUCUAUUAUUCAGAUAAAUAAAACUUGGUAUAACUUCAUAUUUAAUCAUAAUGCUUUCGAAUAGGGUGUGAGCCUAAGAUAGAACUCUAAACGAGCGCUCUUAACAAAGUCUAAUUCCGAUGCAGACAUGUUCUCUAGAAUAGUUUAGGAAAGUCAAAGACAUAGAUGGAGAUUCCAUAGAUAGACUAAGGAUUAGCUGGAAGUUUAGUUUAUGUUCCUUAAUGCAAAUUUUGAUUAGUAAGACCUUGAUGAUCCUAUUAAGAAUUACAUGGACACAAGAUUGUUCGAGGAUCUUCUGCCAAAUAAUAAUCUUAAAAGGAUAAAUAUAUAUGUUAAGAACAGUUCAGCAAACUUAUUAAAUGACUAUCUAAGAAUUGAUGCGCCUGUUGAUUUGCAGUUUUAUCAGGUAAGCUAGAUAGAGAAGUACAUUAACACGUAUAAUGAUGAGGAUGGAGAGCUUGUAAAGAUAGUAAUUUAAGCAUCAAGCUAUAAAGCUGUGUAUGAGCGUAGAGUAUAUUCACUGUUUGAUGUAUUUGCAGCUCUAGGAGGUAUUUAUAACUCCCUGUUUACUAUUGGAUUCUUAUUUUGUGCCGCUUUCAGCUAUAAUUUGUACCUUUCCUCUCUCAUUAGAAAGCUUUAUCACUUUAAAGCAAGAUUUGAGAGAAAGGAUGAGAAUUAGAAAGAUAACAGAGAAAGAAGUAAUACAACAGAAUAUGAAAGUUAGGCAGGCUAUAUUGAUACUAACAACUCUAUAAAUAAUUAGCAGGAUUGGAGAGAGCAGCUCUAAAGAGAACAAAACUUAGGAGUGAAGGAAAUCAAGGAAGAGGUCAAGUAAGUAAUCGGAAAGGACAACAAAGCUAAUUUCAAUCAUAAAACUGUGAGUAUACUUAAGAGUUUGAUAUGCUGUUUAAUUCUCAGAAACAGGACUAAACUAAGAAAUGACCCUAGCAGAAGAAAUGUACUUUAUUUUUUGAAGGGAAGAUAAAUGCUCAACAAAGAAAUGGAUAUAGCUUGGAUAGUACAUUAGAUCAGAAAGGUUAAAUAUCUUAUGAAAAUACUUCUUGAUAAGGACUAAAGAAGAUUGUUUCAGCUCAAAAGGACUUAACAAAUAAGUUCAGAUGAGGGUUACGAUGAAGAUGAUUAUAAGAAGAAACUUAGGAAAGAUAAAUUAAUCGAUCUCUACGUUGAUGUUCUGAGAACUAAGAAGCUGAAGAGGAGUGAUAAUAAACUGCUCGAGAUAACGGGAUUUAAGAAUGUACUGUCCAUCCUUAAUUCUUAAAAAGCUUAUGAGAAAGUAGCAGCUGAGUGGUAAGCUAAUGAACUUUAUUAAAACGAAUAACCUCCACCGACUCCAUAGCUAAAUCAAUAAAAUUCAACUCAAUCAGUGAUCCCUGCUCCAAAAUAUUUUGACACUAUUUCCAGCGCUUCUAAUUUCUAUGGUAUGACUUCUUUUAAUAAAGGAGUAUUUACCAAGAGUACGAUCAUGAGAACUCAGAACAUGAAUGAUAAGAGAGGUUUGCAUUCACAUCAAGCCUCAAGAGAUAUGAUUAAGACUUAGAGUAGUGAAAUCUAUGAUUAGAGUUUGGAUUUAAAAGAAAGGAAGCAUUCGCCGAUAUCUCUGGAAAGAUAGAAUAAAAAGAAUAAACUUCCUAGCUAGAGCUAUAAUCGAAAUUUUAACAUUAAUGAGAAUAAUGCAGAUUACUUUUAUGAAUCCCCUGAUAUGGGCAACUCAAUAGAGGAUUAUAGUGGCCUUGAUACAAUGGAUGAUAAAAAGGAUAGAGACACUAGCAAUGAUAACAAAUUAAACACGAGCAAUAUAUUCUUCUCAAAGUAAAAUCUCUCAUCAAUCUAGAAAAAUGGAAGCAAAAUGAAGGAAUAUCAAUAACUACAUGAAUAACUAUUGUAACAUCCAGACAAAGAAUUUUUUACUGGUACAAGCUUCAGAAGAAAUUUCCCAGAGAGAAUGAAAAUUGAAAGCAUUAAAUUAUAACUUAGAAAGGAAAGUUAAGGCUAAUUCUUGACUGAUAACUUAGCAGCAGGAGGAGUGCUUAACUAGAAUGAAAACAGAGGUCACAUUAAAAACAUAAUGAGUAGAAACGAAUUGAAUUUCUAGACUUUACUUGGAACCACAGAUGAUUUUAAUACAUAAAACACUCUUGAAGAACUAAUUGGUGAAGUUCAGGAUAGCCCUAACCCUCACCUUCCUAGAAAAACUAAAACUAGAAUUAAAUGGAAUUAGAGAUGA